AUGGAGCAGAAGGAUAGAGCAUACUAUUUGAGAGUAUCUCAAAUAGUAAUGGUAUUUUUGAUAAUUAUACUAGAAUUUGUUCAGGCUGUAGGAUUCGCUAAAAAUUAUCGUGACACACCAACACACUCUACAGUAAUAUAUUAUUGGAUGGCUACAGUAUUUUCGUUUUUACUCCUGGGUCACCUUUUAAUACGAUUUCAACCACGAUGGAAACAUGGUCCACAUAAAGAUGAAGUGUUUUUAGAUGGUCUUUUGAUUGGUAUCUGGUUGUCAUUGAUUUUUCAAGACAUCUUACCUGUAAUGAAAGGCAACCCUAUGUCUUGUAAUGCGACUGACACAUCCGCUCUCGCCCGUUGCAAUUUGUUCAUUACGAGCUUUGUUUUCACCUUAUUUUUAACCAUUACACUCCCAUUUUCGCUUCAAAUUUCUCUCUCUCGAUGGAGAAACAAACAAAUCUCUUCUUCUAUACCAAUGGGCACUGUAAAUCAACAGCAACAAACGCCUCCACAAAGAUCCCCUUCAUACGUGAUGCAGGAGGUUGUACUUAAAGAUGGUCAACCCGCAUUAGUCUUUCACAGUAACGGGGAUAAACGAAGUAGUAGAAGAGCGAGUUUAUAUAAUCAUCAACGAACUAAUAGUAAUGGUUCAAGUUCUCCGAAAGAUUCUGAGUUUACCAAAAAUGCCAGAAACGUUGAAAACCAUGUUACUGGUGAAAAUGGAAAUGUCAAGAAUGUUGUUAAUUGA